GCAGAGAAUAAGGCCAUUACAGCUGAACGCACACUGAUCUGAUCUAUAAUUUAGUCUUAAUAUGUUGAGGAGUCCUUCGCUCGAUGCUUUUGAGUAUCCAUCUGGAGAGUUUUCACUGAGCAUUUAUAAAGGCAGCUUUUAAAACAAUGCAAAAUAUUUCAAAAUCAAUGCUUUGCUGUGCCCAACAGGAGAGGUUUUGGUUUUGGCUUUCAGCGGAGAGGCUUCCUGCGUGAAGGGUGCGCUCCGGGAGCAGAUGCGCCUCUGGCCAUGCCUGGUCCCCGCGAGCAGCGCUGUCAGCUGGCGAUGCUCAUCGUCCUGGCCGCCGCGCACAUGACUGCAGGCCUGAAGUGCGUGUGCCUGCUGUGUGCCAACCGCACUUGUGAGACGACGGCAGACGGCGCCUGCUGGAACUCUGUGAUGCUGAUUGAUGGGAAGGAAGAGACGGUCAAGUCCUGCCUAUCGCCCUCGGAGAUGAAGGGCCAGGUUUUCUGCUACAGCUCCAGAAAUGUCUCCAAGAGGAACUGUUGCUUCACCGACUUCUGCAACAAUGAAACUCUGCAUCUAAACACAGAGAGGCCUUUAGAAGAAGAAGAAGCCGGCUGGAGCAGGCUGCAGCUCAUCGUGGUGAUCCUGGUGCCCUGCUGCCUGCUGUGUGUAGGCAUCCUGCUCGGUGUGUGUGUUGUGCAGGGACACCGUUGUGCCUACAGUCGGAACCACAAGCAGGACCCAGAGGAGCCUCUCGAUGAUCAGAUGCUAAUGUCUCCCGACAAAUGCCUCCGAGACCUGAUCUAUGACAUGAGCACAUCGGGCUCAGGAUCAGGGCUGCCGCUCCUGGUCCAGAGAACCAUUGCUCGGACCAUUGUUCUCCAGGAAACCAUUGGGAAAGGUCGCUUUGGCGAGGUGUGGCGCGGCCGGUGGCGAGGAGAGGACGUGGCGGUGAAGAUCUUCUCCUCCAGGGACGAGAGGUCUUGGUUCCGUGAGGCAGAGAUCUAUCAGACCAUCAUGCUCAGGCAUGAGAACAUCCUGGGCUUCAUUGCUGCUGACAACAAAGAUAAUGGCUCCUGGACUCAGCUCUGGUUGGUGUCGGAGUACCACGAGUACGGCUCCCUGUAUGAUUACCUGAACCGGUACACAGUUUCGCUUGAAGGCAUGGUUGUUAUGGCUUUAUCCAUAGCCAGUGGGCUGGCACAUCUCCACAUGGAAAUCAUUGGCACACAGGGGAAGCCUGCGAUCGCUCACAGAGACCUAAAGUCUAAAAAUGUCCUGGUGAAGAGGAAUGGGACCGCAGUCAUCGCAGAUUUGGGUUUGGCGGUGAAGCACGAUACCAGCACGAACACCAUUGACAUCCCGUCCAACCACAGAGUGGGAACUAAGAGGUACAUGGCUCCGGAGAUCCUGGAUGAGACGAUCAAUAUGAACAACUUUGAGUCAUUCAAGCGGGCGGAUAUCUACUCGUUGGGCCUGGUGUUCUGGGAACUGGCCAGAAGAUGCUCUGUGAGAGGGCUCCAUGAAGAAUUCCAGCUGCCUUAUUAUGACUUGGUGCCUUCAGAUCCGUCGAUUGAGGACAUGAGGAAGGUGGUGUGUGAUCAGAAACUCAGACCCAGUGUCCCCAAUCAGUGGCAGAGCUGCGAGGCUCUGCGUGUGAUGGGCAAGCUGAUGAGAGAGUGCUGGUACGCCAACUCCUCGGCACGACUGACGGCUCUGCGAGUCAAGAAAACUCUGUCUCAGCUGACGGUUAUGAAGGACAUCAAAGAUUAGAUGCAGAUCGCCACCAGUGCUGGCACUGGUGCCCAGCCAGGGACUGGGAGCGAACAGGGAGAAAGAGGCCUGAGGCUGCCCUCUUCAGGACGCACGCACACCCUCGGAGAGCCUCCUCAGGUUGCUGUCGGUGCCAAAGCUUUGAUGGAGGUGUCUGCGGAUGAUCUGCACGUAGCCACCCAGUCAACUUGUGUUUUAACCAAACAGCUAAGGUUAUUGAAGGAAGAGCCAUGUGAGAUAAGACGUGUUAAAUGUAUUCAUUUUUGCUACCUCAGUGUUCGAAGUGCCCACUUGAAGUUGCACAUAUUCAUGUUGUUAGUGCCAUAUAUUGUAGCAAACGCAGCACUGCUGGGUAGUUUAAGCGCUAAAUGAAAGUAACUAGAAAGAAUACCUAUCUGACGAUACACACACAAACAUUACCUAAUGAUCUGAACUGCUUUUUGCACAGUUGGGCUUACAUGAUCUGCUGAAAGCUCCAUGAAAGGGAAUUAGCACCAUACGUGCAUCGGUAAGAGGAAACUGAGUAGUUAUGAGGCUUUUUCUUUUUUUUUUUAUAUUACCUGCAACCCAUGCAUGAGUAUUGAUUGUAAGCCCUUCAGAGUUGCUCAACAAAUGGAAAUGGCGGUUGGUCUGUUAUUCAGUCUUUCUGAAGCUCCUAAAAACUUUAUAAUAUUAGGAUUAGUCGCAGACGAUCGCAGUACCCAGAAAAACCAACUUAUAUUAUCUAGUGCCACCAAAAGCUCACCUGUACAAAGAAUACAAAGAAUGAAUCAAUAGGUGCAGAAGAAACUGCCCCUGGGGGCCGUUGGAUGAUAAAUUACAAAUUAAAACAAUGGAAACUGAACCUCAGAGACUCUAGAUGGGUCUUGGGCCAUUUGUAAGUGGUCACAAUUAACAUAAAGUUUUAAUUCACAUAAUUUUCUUAGCCCUUUUCUAUCAUAUUUCUCAGGCUAGAUUUUUAACAGAGAGUUGAAGAGAUAGUUUUCCAUUUCAGAGCCUCACAGGAUAGCUAUUGUUACAAACAUUCAUGUAUUAUUCUUAAUAUAAAGUUAAGUGAAGCUAUGAAUUCUGACUACAUAUUUUGCACAUUCAAAAACUGGUACACGAAGGCUGCAAUGCUCCUUGUAUUAACAAAAAUGCAAUCACUAUUCAAAAUUGUGCGUUUAAACAGAACGCACUUUCUCCAUAAAAAUGUUUUAUUGAAUCAGGAGGAAUAUUGAAACAAUAUUUGCAUCUCAUAAGUUUCAAAUUUGCAGCAGGCACUAUAUGAAUGUGUAUUUAAAAGACAAAGCAGUAAGGAAAAAUGUAACAUGUGGAGGGUAGAAGCAAAUAUCCUAAAUUUGUAGCUAUGUCAGUAGCAUGCAUUAACACUGGUGCAGAGUUGGACUGAUGGGUGCACAGUAGGAUCACUAAUGCCACUGUCUGACGUGGCCCAUAAAGCCCUUACGUAACAGGCUUAGGGAAGGUGCAAAGAAGUAAAUCUGUGCACUGCGUGUGCUUGUAUAAAGCUUUGUGUGUACAAGUGCCUGUGGGGACAUCUGUCUGUAUUUCCUAUCACGUUAAACAAUUUAUCACGACAGUGUUUGUGAAACUGGAGUCAAACAAAUACCUACACCACCACUUUUAGUUCCCCAUAGGCGUCCAUCCUGUUCACUGUUUUGCAGUCACAGGUCACGUACUUCCACGUAGCUGCUAUGAGUUUACAGAUAUGGUUAGGAAAGUGAUUCUGUGAUGAGGUUUUCAUGAAAAAUCAGCACGGUUGCCUCUUACAUGCAAGCAUUGUACAGUACACUGCAAAAACAGCUCUUGUAGAAUUAAGACAUUCCUAAAUUCAUGUAAGUAUAAUAUUUCUGCCAAUAGGGUAAGAAAAAUUUUCUUGACUAAAAUUCUUAAAACUAGGUAAAUUAUUUUCUUAAACAAGGCUUUUUUCCCCUCCUUUUUUAAACUUUUUUGUAAGAAAUUAGUUUUUGCAGUGUAGCCUGUUGGUGUCUUGGUAAAACUUUUGUGCAAGUCUUCAUGUUCUUUUCCUCAGUCUUUUUGUAAAGUUAUAACUUUAUGUAGUGUAGAAAUUGCUCUAGUGCAUUUAAAAGAAUAAAGACAGAAAACUAUGUUCAGCACAACGUAAAAUCCCUCCAUAACGUGGUUGUUUUACAUGUUUAUUUUGAAUUGUAUCUUUGCUGAGCCAAUUGUCUGUUGUGUCAUAUCUGUAUAUUUAAAAAAGAAAAAUGACACAGGAAAGAAGCAUCUCAGUCAUUUCAGAGGUCUAUUUCUGUCUAUUUUUAUUUUUUUACUGUCUAUGAGAAGCCUAAACAUGAAAAAUUUCACAUAGCUUUCCAAAAAUCAAACCCGUGUUAGAUUUUUCAUUUAAAUUCACUCAUUUCACCUGUGUAAAACUGUUUGUGCUGUUGUUGUUCAGAUGUGGAUUUUGUCCCACCAUGUUGUAUCUUUUUUUUUCUUGCACUAUUUAUUCUGUCUGAAAUUUUCAUAUCAGUGUUAAAUAAACACGGUUUUCUUUUUUA